GCUGCUGGCGGAUUGAACGGUGUCGAAUUCGAGGGCAAUAAAUUGCACUCCGAGCCAUUGGAUAAAAAUCAACGUCGUACUAAUCGCAACCAACGCAAUCCAUAUCCCGGUAUGCCAGGACCCGGACGUCAAGCUGAUUUUCCGCUGCGCAUUCUUGUGCAAAGCGAAAUGGUUGGCGCCAUUAUUGGCCGUCAAGGUAGCACCAUACGUACGAUAACACAACAGAGUCGCGCACGUGUCGAUGUGCAUCGGAAGGAGAAUGUCGGUUCGCUAGAGAAGGCCAUAACCAUUUAUGGUAAUCCGGAGAAUUGUACAAAUGCAUGCAAGCGCAUUUUGGAGGUGAUGCAACAGGAGGCCAUCUCAACGAAUAAGGGCGACAUCUGUUUGAAAAUUCUCGCCCACAACAAUCUCAUCGGUCGCAUUAUUGGCAAAAAUGGCAACACCAUAAAGCGUAUCAUGCAAGAGACAGACACCAAGAUCACCGUCAGCUCGAUCAAUGACAUCAGCAGCUUCAAUUUGGAACGCAUAAUUACGGUUAAGGGCCAAAUUGACAAUAUGUCACGUGCCGAAGCGCAGAUUAGCUCGAAAUUGCGUCAAAGCUACGAGAAUGACUUGCAAGCAAUGGCACCACAAUCGCUUAUGUUCCCCGGCCUCCAUCCGAUGGCCAUGAUGUCGACACCCGGCAACGGUAUGGUCUUCAAUCCCAGCAUGCCAUAUCAAUCGUGCCCGGGCUUCCCGAUGUCUAAGACACCGGCGAGCGUGGUGCCGCCCGUCUUCCCCAAUGACAUGCAGGAGACCACAUACCUCUAUAUACCGAAUAAUGCGGUGGGUGCGAUUAUCGGCACCAAGGGCUCACAUAUACGCAGCAUAAUGCGUUUUUCGAAUGCCUCGCUCAAGAUCGCCCCGAUCGACACCGAUAAGCCGGCCGAUAUGCAAACCGAACGAAAGGUGACGAUCGUCGGUACGCCGGAGGGUCAAUGGAAGGCGCAGUAUAUGAUUUUCGAAAAGAUGCGCGAGGAGGGUUUCAUGUGCGGCACCGAAGAUGUGCGACUAACUGUCGAAAUAAUGGUGGCCAGUUCGCAG